CAGGUAUGAAGACACUCAGGAGAAUGUGGUGACAUAAAGAACAAGAGUCAUGUCACAGAGACCAGACUCAUCUGCACAGAGCUCUGUGUCCAUGAAAAGUGACAGGUCAAAAGAAGGUGCCCUUCCAAACUUCAGAGAGGAGGAUGUGCCACCUGACCAAAGAGAGCAAAUGAAAGGUGGCAGUGGUCAGAAUGAGCAGCAGAAUCUAACACAUGUGUUCCAGGUAAUUGAGAAAAAGAUAGUAGCAUUUUUGAAGAAUGAGCUGCAAAGAUUGAAGAUGAUUCUCAGUCCUGAUUACCAAGAAGACUUAAAGAGAAAAGAUGAAGAUGAGAGUGAUGCCAGAGAAGGAGCUCUCAAGAUGGCAUUACACUUCCUGUCGGAGAUGGAGAGAACAGAUCUGGCCGACAAACUGAAAGACCAUGAGCUGGAUGUGCUUUGUCGGGCUGAACUGAAAAUACAUCUCAAGAACAAGUAUCAGAGUGUGUUUGAAGGAAUACCCAUGCAAGGAAACUCUGCCCAGCUCGAUAAGAUCUACACAGAGGUCUAUAUCACAGAGGGAGGAAGUGGAAAAGUAAAUGAAGAGCAUGAAGUCAGGCAGAUUGAGUCCAUAUCCAAAAGACCAGUUGGACAGGACAAACAAAUCAAAUGCAAUGACAUCUUCAAGCCCUUACCUGGUCAGGACAAGCCAAGCAGAAGAGUGGUGACAAAGGGAGUGGCUGGCAUUGGAAAAACCAUCUCGAUACAAAAGUACAUCCUGGACUGGGCUGUGGGAAAAGACAACAGAGAGAUCCACUUCAUUUUCCCAUUGCCCUUUCGCGAGCUCAACCUCAUGAGAGGCACACCACUCUCUUUGAUGGGUCUCCUUCACCACUUCUUUCCAGAGCUGAAGCAGUUAACCUUUGACAGUCAACCGAAGUACAAACUAUUGUUCAUCUUGGACGGUUUGGAUGAAUGUCGACUUGAACUAAACUUUCAGAGGAAUGAAAGUUGGACCAAUGUGGCAGGUGUCACUUCUUUGGAUGUACUCCUGACAAAUCUCAUAAAGGGAAAUCUGCUUCCCUCUGCUCUACUUUGGAUCACCUCCCGACCAGCAGCAGCCAGUCAGAUUCCACCUGAUUGUGUUGACCUUGUCACAGAGAUCCAGGGGUUCAAUGACACACAGAAGGAGGAGUACUUCAGGAACAGGUUCAAUGAUGAGAGUUUAACAAGCACAAUCAUUUCUCACAUUAAAUCAUCAAGGAGUCUCCACAUCAUGUGCCACAUACCAGUGUUUUGCUGGAUCGCUGCUUGUGUUCUUGCCAUGUUUCUCCCCUCUUCAGCAGGACCACAGCUUCCAAAGACAUUGACAGAGAUGUACACAUAUUUCCUGAUUUUCCAAACAAAACAGGCCAGUCAAAAGUUUGACAAUGUGCAUGAACUUGAUCCACAAUGGAACAGGAAUCUUAUCCUUGCUCUCGGAAAGCUGGCCUACAAGCAGCUGGAAAAGGGAAAUCUGAUCUUCUAUGAAGGCGACCUAAGAGAGUGUGGCACUGAUGUCAUUGAAGCUGCAGUGCGCUCUGGUGUUUGCACCCAGAUUUUCCGGCAGGAAUCUGGAAUUUCUCAAGCAACAAUGUUUUGCUUUAUCCACCUGAGCAUCCAGGAGUAUCUUGCAGCUCUGUAUGUGUUUCUGAGGAUGGCAAGCAAAAGGCAAAAUGUGAUCAAACGUCAUCAGCGUUGGAAACAGCUUUUUGGAAAAGAAUCUAUGACCAUCGUACACAAAAGUGCUGUGGACAAAGCUUUGGAGUAUGAAGAUGGACGGUUUGACCUCUUCCUCCGGUUCCUUCUUGGUCUUUCUCUUGAGUCCAACCAGACUCUUCUGCAUGGCCUUUUGCAGAGUGGAGAGAGACAUAUUGGCAAUGCUGAAACAAUCAGUUACAUUAAGGACAAGAUCAGGGAGGUCACUUCAUCAGAGAGGAUGAUCAACCUCUUCCACUGCCUGAAUGAACUGAAAGACGACUCCUUAGUGAAGGGGAUCCAAAGCUUCCUGAAUGCAGGCACACUUUCUGAAGCCCAGCUCUCACCUGGCCAGUGGUCAGCUCUAGUCUUUGUGCUGCUGACAUCAGACCAGAAGCUGGACGUGUUUGACCUGAAGGAGUACAUCAGAUCUGAUGAAGGUCUCCAGAGGCUGAAGCCGGUAGUAGAGGAAUCCGAAACGAUACUGCUUGAUAGCUGUGGGCUCAGUGAAAUGAGCUGUACAACAAUGGCAUCUGUCCUCUGCAAACCAUCAAAAAUGAAGACACUGGAUCUCAGCCACAACAGUAUUAGAGAUACUGGAGUCAAAGAACUUUGUAGUGGGCUGGAGAACUCUAACUGUGCAUUGAAGUCACUCCAACUAGCGGACUGUGGCAUAACAGGAGUAGGAUAUGCUGCUCUCGCCUCAGCUCUCAAAUCAAACCCUUCACAUCUGGAGGAACUGGACCUGAGAGGAAACGAAACUGGAGACUCUGGAGUAAAGCUGCUUUUGGAAUUACAGCAGGAUCCUGCCUGUAAACUUCAGACCCUGAGUCUUGUUAACUGCAGUAUAACAGAAGAGGGCUGUGCUGCUCUGAGUUCAGCUCUAGCAUCAAACCCCUCACACCUGAUAGGUCUGGUUCUGGAAAAGAAUAAACUUGGAGACUCUGGAGUGAAGCAGAUAUCUACUCUACUCAGUAAUCCAGACUGUAAACUACAGGUUCUGUGGCUUAAAGGCUGCAGUAUGACAGAAGAGGGCUGUACUGCUCUGACUUCAGCUCUGGCAACAAACCCCUCACACCUGACACGUCUGAGUCUGGAUAAGAAUACACCUGGAGACUCUGGAGUGAAGCAGAUCUCUACUCUACUCAGGAAUCCAGACUGUAAGCUACAGAGCCUGGGGCUUGAUAACUGCAGUAUUACAGAAGAGGGCUGUGCUGCUCUGACUUCAGCGCUGAUUUCAAACCCCUCACACCUGACAGAGCUGCAUCUGGAUAUUAAUAAACUUGGAGACUCGGGUGUGAGGCAGAUCUCUGCUCUACUCAGGAUGCCAAGCUGUAAACUACAGAAACUGGCGUAA